AUGCGUGCUGUUGUGCAGCGAGUUGUGCGAGCCAGUGUGGCUGUUGGGGAUGAAGUGGUGAGCCAGAUUGACCGGGGUUUGUGUGUCCUGGUGGGCAUCACCCACGACGACACGCCCGCGGACAUCGACUACAUCGCCAAGAAGAUCCUCACGCUGCGCCUGUUCGAGGACGAGAACGGCAAGAUGUGGAAGAAGAGUGCCCAGGACCUGGACUUGGAUGUGCUCUGCGUGAGCCAGUUUACCCUCUACGCCAAGUGCAAGAAGGCCAAGCCCGACUUUCACAUGGCCAUGCCCGGCAGUGCCUCCAAGGAGUUUUACGAGUCGUUCCUCCACAAGAUCCGCUCAGACUACCGCGAGGACAAAGUCAAGGAUGGCGAGUUUGGCGCGUACAUGAAGGUGGACAUUGUCAACGAUGGGCCAGUCACCAUCAUGCUCGACUCAAACCAGCGCGAACCAGUUGGCAAGCCAGCACCAAAGGAGGAUGCCGACGCAGAGGCAAGCUCCUCCAGCAAGACGAAAUGA